UCCCUGAAUGGAAGCAUCAUUUUGAGCUCCUUGGGAGGAAUGCAGGAAGAACCCGGACUAGAUAUACAGCUAAAACUUCAGAACCUGUUUUGAAUGACAAUGAGUAUUUCUGCCAGGAUAAUGUAACUGGAAGAUCCAGGUCUGGGCAGACUCGAUCAUGGGAGCCAACACUUCAAGCAAACCACCGGUGUUUGAUGAAAAUGAAGAUGUCAACUUUGACCACUUUGAAAUUUUACGAGCCAUUGGGAAAGGCAGUUUUGGGAAGGUCUGCAUCGUACAGAAGAGUGACACCAAGAAAAUGUAUGCGAUGAAGUACAUGAAUAAACAAAAGUGUGUGGAGCGCAACGAAGUGAGAAACGUCUUUAAGGAACUCCAGAUCAUGCAGGGUCUGGAGCACCCUUUCCUGGUUAAUUUGUGGUAUUCCUUCCAAGAUGAGGAAGACAUGUUCAUGGUUGUGGACCUCCUUCUGGGCGGGGACCUGCGCUAUCACCUGCAGCAGAACGUCCGCUUCCAGGAAGACACAGUGAAGCUCUUCAUCUGUGAGCUCGCCAUGGCCCUGGAGUACCUGCAGAGUCAGCACAUCAUUCACAGGGACAUGAAGCCUGACAAUAUUUUACUUGAUGAACAUGGGCAUGUGCACAUCACAGAUUUCAACAUUGCCGCAGUGCUGUCCAAGGAGACGCAGAUCACCACCAUGGCUGGCACCAAGCCCUACAUGGCACCUGAAAUGUUCAACUCCAGAAGAGAAGCAGGAUAUUCCUUUGCUGUUGACUGGUGGUCCCUGGGAGUGACUGCAUAUGAGCUGCUGAGAGGCCGGAGACCAUAUCAUAUUCGCUCCAGUACUUCCAGUAAGGAAAUUGCACACAUAUUGGAGACAGCUAUUGUGACUUACCCUUCAGCCUGGUCACAGGAAAUGGUGUCGCUUCUUAAAAAGCUACUUGAACCUAAUCCAGAGCAACGAUUUUCUCACUUGUCUGACAUUCAGAACUUCCCAUAUAUGAAUGAUACGAACUGGGAUGCGGUUCUGCAGAAGAGGCUCAUUCCAGGUUUUAUUCCCAAUAAAGGCAGGUUAAAUUGUGACCCCACCUUUGAACUCGAAGAAAUGAUUUUGGAGUCCAAACCUCUUCACAAGAAAAAGAAGCGACUGGCAAAGAAGGAGAAAGAGAUGCGGAAAUGUAAUUCCUCUCAGACAUGUCUUCUUCAAGAGCACCUUGAAUCUGUCCAGAAGGAGUUCAUAAUUUUCAACAGAGAAAAAGUAAAAAGGGACUUUAAUAAAAGGCAAGCAAAUCUAGCCUUGGAACAAACCAAAGACCCACAAGAAGAGGAUGGCCAGGAUAACAACUUAUGAACACCUCAGAAUCUUCUUUUUUGGGACAUUUCUUGGUGCCUCUGCCUUGAAUUUCUGAUUAUCUGGUCAAGAGCUGAUGCUGCUUCUUGCCCCUCCACACCUCAUGACUUAGAAAAUGUGAGAGAGAAUCUUUCAAAGGAGGCAGCACAAUCCAGUGAAAAGCACUUCUGGGAUCUAGUUCCACCACCAAAUGUCUGUGACCUUGAGCCAGUCACUUAGCCACCAUCUCUGCUCCAGUCUAUUCAUCUAAAACGAGAGGGUUAUACUAGAUGAGCUGUGCCCUGCUUUUUAAUGCUACAAUAGUUAUUCUAAACAGCUUUUGUUUUUAUUUUAAAAGGAGAAUUUGGGUAUAGGGUUGUAUUUCCACUUCUUCUAAUUACCCAGUGAUGAAUAAACACGUGGACAUAGGUCUCACUGAGGCUCUUCAGAGCUAGAAAACUUCAUAAAGAGGUCAGAAUCCCCAAGCCUGGUUGCAUAGGAGUAAGGAAUUCCAUCACA